GGCCACACGCAUACUUGUACAUCACAGGUGUUACAGUACAUGCUAUACAAAGGUUCUUCAGAAGCAAUGCAGCUCUUGUGUAUUGCAGCUUUACUUUUGUCAGCAGUAGCUGCUCGUCCAGAUUCCUGGAAGCCAUGGAAGGAUGAAAAGUUUCCGCCUACAGGUCGACCCAAGUUGGAUGCAGACUCUAAGCAUGGUCACAAUAAGCAGUCGAUGACACAAGUCCCAGAAGAUGGAGACAGAGGGUCAGGCGGAGACUUGCCAAAAUCGGCCUCUGGCCACCAAGUAUGGCUCCCAAACAGGUCCUCAAGACCAGGAAACCCACAGGGGCCCAUGAAAGGGCCUGAUGGGAAUGACCGCCAGGUGGGGAGACCUUCUCAAGUUUCUACUCGGAGCAAAAGACAGGUUCCUGGUGUCACGCCUGAUGAGCCUGGAGUCCGUCAUCCUGGGCCCGGCAGGAGGAACCCCGGUGUAAUGGUGUCUAUAUUCAAUGUGACAUUUCAGAAUGUCACUGAUGUAACCCUGAAGGAGGGGGAGCACAUAUUUCUGAAGCAUGGUGAAAAAGGACCACACCAUAAUAAGGGAGGAAAACAUGGGCCACCGGAGAAUCGGCAAUAUGUGAAGCUCACCUACAAUGCCACAGAGCCGAAAAAAGUCAGAAUUGAGUAUGGGGUUUUGAAACCUAUGAACCUCAGUAAGAUUGUUGGAGAGGAAAAGGAUCCAGAAGAAUGACACUGACAACUAUAAAAGGAUGACACUACAAGUUUGAUCAACACACUUAAAAGAAGAUUAUGGUUUUAUUUCCUGUGGUGUAUUCUGGGAAAUCACUCAUGUAAUUUGGCAUAAUUUCUGUGUACCACAAUAAAAUUCUUAAAGCAA